UCUACACUGGAAGAUUUGACGUACCGUACCUACCUAAUUAUCUAGUAACUGUUCCCUUUUUUGUUGCUCUGCUUUACUGCUUUACUUAUCUACUCCUAGUACUAGCGCUGUUUCUUCGUAGCAACAAAGGUCGAACUUGGACAAAGCCAUUCGCGAUCGGGACAGCUAAUUCGAAACUGGCCUACAUAAAAUAAAGCGUAACCAAUACACGAGUUCAACUUGUAUUUCGUUAUGACAAUCGCCUUGCCAAAGCAUCGAAAAGUCAUUUGGCGUAACUGGUUGAUUUUCACAUCGACAAAAUAUCCCGGAUGUGUCCCGGCCACCACCGCAAAUGGAUUCCUCAAGGAAACAACAGCAACAACAACAACAAGGACAACACUCACCGUCGCUUAAACACCUAUUCACCUUCACUACAUGGCGACACUGCGGGCCACUGACUGCUGGCUUAAUAUCUUCCUUAUUUUCAGGCGCCUUAAGGACGUCUUUGGCCAUUCUGAUUGGAAAGAUAUUCGGGGUCAUCUCUGAAUUCGGGUCCGGACAACUGAGUGGACCUGAUACUCUUGGCCAAGUUUCGUCCUGGUGCAUCAUCCUGACUCUCAUCGGCGGAGCUGGAUGGCUUGUCAAUUUUGCCUUUAUGUUUUCAUGGAUCCUCUUUAGCGAAUUGCAGGCGAAAAACAUUCGCCAAAGAAUAUUCCGCGCCAUGCUGAGGAAGGAUAUGGAAUGGUUUGACAGCCAGGAAGAUGGCGUAGCUAGCUUACUCGUGAGAAUGCAAACACAGACCCGGGAGCUUCAGAUGGCAUCGUCGGUCGCACUCGGUUCCUUAGCCGCGGAGAUAGCGACCUCCAUCGCAAGUCUUGUCGUGGCUUUUCGUGGCUCGUGGAAACUCACGCUUGUGCUUCUCGCUACCGUACCGAUAUCUGUCGUAGUACUUGCUAUGCUAAGCCGCACCCUCAAAUUAGCCAUACAGGCACAGAAGCGGGAGCUCAGCCGAGCGUCAAAAUACGCGAUUUCCGCUAUCGCUGCCAUAGAUCUUGUAAAGGCUUUCAACGCUAACGAUCAUGAAACAUGGCAGUAUCUUCAGGCCAUCCGGCGCUCUAUGAAUAAAUAUUUGGUUCAGGCGAGAGCAGCCGCAUGCCAAUCAGGCUACGUCAAGCUCUGGAUAGAUGGAAUGUUCGUUAUUGGGUUCUAUUACGGCGUUGUUCUCGUCAACGAAGGGUUGAGCCCGGGAAAUGUCGUGACGACGUUCUACGCUGCUCUUGCUGCGUUACAGGCUUUCGAGGCUUUCAUACCCAUGUACAUGGCUCUAGCAAGGGGCAUGUCCGCUGGCCAAGCACUAUAUUUUAUUGCCUACGACACGGAUAGUGGGCGAAGGAUCCACAGAAUGAUUGGUAAUUACCGCCCAGAAGAAUGUUUCGGUUAUAUCAAGAUUAGCGACGUUAACUUUGCCUACCCGUCAAACUCGUCGAAGAUCGUAUUGGAAAAUGUCUCCCUCUCCUUCGAACCGGGUCAGCUAUGUUUCGUCCUUGGACGAAGUGGCUCUGGAAAGAGUACGCUAGGUAAUCUGCUAUUGAAAUUCUACGAACCGCUCAGCGGUGAUAUCUUCGUUGACGGCUAUGCGCUUAAUAGCCUCGACACGGAAUGGGUUCGGAACAAUAUCACUUUGAUUCAACAAGCAAACGUGCUCUUUAACGAUACUUUCUCAAUGAACAUAGCCAUGGGCUGCAGGAAUCCUAUUCAGGUAUCUAAAACAGAGGUCAAAGCUGCGUGCGAAACAGCUCUGCUCCAAUCAACGCUGGCUACUCUCCCGAACGGUCUAAAUACGUAUGUGGGCGCCGGCGGCCAUGAUCUCAGCGGCGGACAGAAGCAACGAUUGGCCCUUGCGAGAGCGAAAAUUCGUGACCCCCCGGUGCUUAUCCUCGAUGAAGUAACUAGCGGACUCGAUCCUGUUAGUCGAAGUCUCGUCAUGGACGCCAUAAGACAGUGGCGACGUGGUAAGACAACUAUUAUCGUUACCCAUGAAGUUGCGCAGAUCAAAGACGACGACUUCGUUUAUGUCAUGGAUGGUGCAUGCGUCAUACAGGAAGGCCUCCGUGAAUACUUGCAGAGGCAGAAAGACGGGGUGUUCGCAACCCUGGCCGCCUCGGCAACUGGAAUAGACGGGAUAAACCAAGGAAAAGAGCCAGAAGAAGGAAUUUCUUACUCGAAAAGCACUUCCCCGCAACGGCGUGAUGCUUACUUUUGGCCGUUCGAGAAUCAGGAUGACCAUCGCUACCUAGCGCGUAGGACUACGUUAGGUGUCGGGGCCACUGUUAUGCAGGCACAGCAAUUUUUGAACCAGAGUCCCUGGAAUGGAGAAGAUGAUCCAGCUACACUUCGGACGGGUGAGUCAGCAGCUCGAAGUAGGCUUUUACACCUCCAAGAACUGGGGAAUACGGUGCAAGAUAACCGCCGUGGUCAUGUCUACGAGAACCGACGACCGGCCUUAACGGUUAGCGAUACGUAUGCAAGUAACUCCGAGUCCAAUAUUAAAAAUAACAACCUCGACGAAGCGACGUGGGACGAAAAACAGACGAAAGGCUUGCCGCUACUGGCAAUUUACAAGACUGUUUGGCCGUGCUUGACAGCAAAGGAAAGGGUCUUCCUUAUUAUCGGAUUCGUCACUUGUGUCGUCGUUGCGGGCUCAGUCCCUGCUUUUUCUGUUGUAUUCGCAAACCUUCUGGCAGUGUUGUAUUCGAGCGGAGAUAAGAUGGCCUCCGGUCAGAGAUGGGCUUUGUACUUACUUCUUAUCGCUUUGGCUGGGGCUAUAUCGACGCUCACUAGCCAAUAUAUGAUGCAAUGGGCAGGCCAGGCCUGGGUAAACGCUUUGCGGAUGCAAGCGUUUAGCAGGGUCCUAAGACAGCCAAAGACGUGGUUCGAGAAGCCAAUGCACUCCACCAUCCGCAUCAACGAAUGCAUGGAUAGGAAUGCAGAAGAGAUGAGAAAUCUCCUUGGUCGAUUCGCUCCUCAAUUGCUAGUCGUCGUCGUCAUGAUAUCUGCCACCAUCAUCUGGGCUGUAAUUAUAUCAUGGAGGCUCACUCUUGUAAGCCUCGGGAGCGCCCCGCUCCUCAUAGCAGCCACAAAAGGUUAUGCUUUCGUGUCGACGAAGUGGGAGACCCGAUGUAAUAGAGCUAUCGAGAAUACGAUUGCGGUUUUGACUGAGACUUUCCUUAAUAUACGCGUCGUUCGAGCCCUUACAUUGGAAAGCUUCUUCUGCACGAAACAUGACGCGUCUAUAUAUCAGGCAUUUGAUCUCGGUAUUAAGAAGGCCAUCUGGACUGCCACCCUUUUCGCUUGCUGGCAAUCUAUAUUCUGGUUUAUGAUGGCCUUAAUAUUCUGGUACGCGACUGUGCUCCUGACUAUUAACAGUGCAGUCACCGUACAUGAUAUUUUGCAAGUUGUCAAUUUACUUGUUUUGGGUCUCACUACUGCUUCUAACAUAUUAAACUCGGUACCAAGCAUUGCUGCCUCACAAGCUACAGCCUCACAGCUCCUCCAUUACGCGAAUCUACCCGUUGAAUCGUCUCAUGAAUCGAAAGGCAGGUCUAAGCUGAUACACCCUUUUCCUAUUCUAAUGAACGGCCUGUCAUUUACUUAUCCUUCGACGAACCGCGCUGUCCUUCGCAAUAUAUCUUUAAGUUUCGACACCGGAACGUCAACCGCUAUUGUCGGCCCCUCGGGUUGUGGCAAGAGCACUAUAGCGUCCGUGAUUUUGGGUCUGUAUGAACCAGACACUCCGGCUGGGAAACAGAGCUCUGAAGAGCAAGGGCAGCUAAGCUUCGGCUUUACACCGAUCUCCAAGAUCAAUAUAUCGAGCUUGCGAAACCAUAUCGGUUACGUUCCGCAGACACCGUUUCUGUUCCCUGCCAGUCUCGCGGAAAAUAUUUUCUACGGUUUACCAGAAGAGUCGCCGCUGCGGAGCCCGAAAAAUCUCGAGAGGGCGACUAGAGAAGCGGGUAUCUACGAUUUCGUUCAUAGCCUGGCGACUGGCUUCGACACUGUCGUCGGCGACGGUGGACAAGCGCUUAGCGGUGGACAAGCACAACGGAUCUGUAUCGCUAGGGCCUUGGCUAGGAGGCCAAAAAUCUUGCUACUUGAUGAACCUACAAGCGCUUUAGAUGCAGAGAGUGCCGAGGCAGUGAGACACACGAUAGAGUCCGUGAUACACUCUGCUAAAACUAGCAUUUACGGUAACGGAAACGGGUUCGAUAUUUUCGCUACUAAUCACCUGAGGAACCAAGAACUUUCUGUUAUAGUAAUCACACAUAGCAAGGAGAUGAUGCGCAUGGCGGAUCGCGUCGUAGUGAUUGACCAAGGAAAUGUGGUGGAAACCGGUUCCUACGACGAAUUAUUCCAAAUGAGGGGCAAAUUCGCCGAACUUGUAAGCGAUGGCGUUUGGAUAGGAGAAAGUCAUGCGAGGCCAUAUAAUGCAGGAGGAAAGGCGGGUUAUAGCGUUCCCAAUGACCUCCCUCUUCGUCAAAUAGAUGUGCCGGAUGCAAACGAACCUGUUAUGACGCCGAGGUGGGCCAGCGUUCGAAAUACGUAUUGGACUGAUGAUCGAGGCCCUUCUACCGGUCUCAUGAGCCCCCUUACGAGCCCGUUUGGUAUACCUUCUCGAAGAAAGGAGCAUAAAGGCGGUGGGAGUGCCUAAUGAAUUAGGUUAUAGCACUAGUAUGCAUCCCUUUUCUUUUCGUGUUACGACGGCCUAAAAUAAUGGCUCUUAAAAUGCUGGGUACGAAGAUAACUAUGUGAUUGUUGAAUUUCUCUUAUGGCUAUCUUUGGGCUAGUUGCUUAAGUGCUUCCUCAGAUGAGUUUACUAACAAUCCUGACAAUAUUUGUUUACGAGUCUGCCCAAC